AGGCUCUCCUCUGGAUAACUUGGCUUUCCUGAUUUUUAGUGGGGCAGGCAGGCAAGUGAGUUUGACAAAAAAGUAACCACCCACAAAUUCCUUUUUCUUCCAUGUUUGGUUAUGUCAUUCUUACUACAUUUUAGUGUUGUGUAUGGCUGUGUUGCAAAUAUCCCAAUUACUAAAAUAUUCCCAGCUGAACCCACACCGCUCAAAACUCAAGAACUGUCUGCUGCUUAUUGCCUACUAAUGGCUAUGGCUGGUUAUUCUCUGUUGCAUCCCUCUCCCCCAGCUCUUAUUAAUGUCAACUUUCAGAGAAGUGAAUUUGGUCAUUUCCACUCUUCAACCACCACUCAUCUUCUCAAUUCCAAGUCCACCACUCAUCUUAUCAGGUGCCAAUCAACUAGUACUGAUGAACCAAAAACAAGAAGAAAGUUACUGGACAAUGCAAGCAACCUCCUUACCAAUUUUUUGAGUGGGGGAAGCCUUGGAUCUAUGCCCAUAGCUGAAGGUGCAGUCUCGGAUUUGUUUGCUCGGCCUCUCUUCUUUGCAUUGUAUGAUUUGUUCUUAGAGCAUGGCUCCGUGUAUAAACUUGCGUUUGGACCAAAAGCUUUUGUUGUUGUAUCAGAUCCUAUUGUUGCAAGGCAUAUUCUUCGAGAGAAUGCAUUUAGUUAUGACAAGGGAGUUCUGGCUGAUAUUCUAGAACCAAUAAUGGGCAAAGGACUUAUACCAGCUGAUCUUGGCACUUGGAAGCAGAGGAGAAGAGUUAUUGCUCCUGGGUUCCAUUCCUUGUACUUGGAAGCAAUGGUCAAAACAUUUAGAAAUUGUUCGGAGAGAACAAUAUUAAAAUUUGAGAAGCUUCUAGAAAGAGAGAAAUUGCAUGAUGAGAAGACAAUUGAGUUGGAUCUUGAAGCAGAGUUUUCGAGUUUGGCUCUUGAUAUUAUUGGACUUGGUGUCUUCAACUAUGACUUCGGUUCUGUUACCAAAGAAUCUCCUGUAAUCAAGGCAGUUUAUGGCACACUUUGUGAAGCUGAACAUAGGUCCACCUUUUAUAUCCCAUAUUGGAAAUUUCCCCUGGCAAGGUGGAUAGUCCCCAGGCAACGGAAGUUCCAUGGCGAUUUGAAGGUUAUAAAUGAUUGUCUUGAUGGACUUAUCAGAAAUGCAAAAGACACCAGACAGGAAACGGAUGUUGAGAAACUGCAACAAAGGGACUACUUAAAUCUGAAGGAUGCAAGCCUACUGCGUUUCUUAGUUGACAUGCGUGGAGCUGAUGUUGAUGAUCGUCAGCUUAGGGAUGACUUGAUGACAAUGCUUAUUGCUGGCCAUGAAACAACAGCUGCUGUCCUUACUUGGGCUGUUUUCUUCCUUGCACAAAACCCAUCCAAGAUGAAGAAAGCACAAGCAGAGAUUGAUUCGGUACUUGGACAGGACGGACCAAAUCUUGAAUCAAUUAAAAAACUGGAGUACGUAAGACUUAUUGUAGUAGAGUCUCUUCGUUUAUUUCCCCAACCCCCCUUGCUUAUUAGACGUUCUCUCAAGUCAGAUACACUACCAGGAGGGUACAACGGUGAAAAAGAUGGUUAUGUGAUUCCUGCGGGGACUGAUAUCUUCCUUUCUGUAUACAAUCUCCAUAGAUCUCCAUAUUUUUGGGAUAGUCCUAUUGAAUUUGAACCAGAGAGGUUUUUAGUUCCAAAGAAGAGUGAGGUUGAAGGAUGGGCUGGUUUCGACCCUUCUCGAAUUCCCGGUGCAUUGUACCCGAGCGAGAUUACAGCAGAUUUUGCCUUCUUGCCUUUUGGCGGAGGGCCAAGAAAAUGCAUAGGAGACCAAUUUGCUCUCAUGGAGUCAACUGUAGCAUUGGCUAUGCUGUUGCAGAAGUUCACUGUAGAGCUAAAAGGGUCUCCAGAAUCCGUGGAACAAGUUACAGGGGCAACAAUCCAUACAAAGAAUGGAUUGUGGUGCAAAUUAAGGAAGAGGUCCGAUGUACACUGACUUACCAAAUACGAUAUACAGAUGGGACACUGAUAGGGGUACUGAUGAUAUUUGUCCAGUGUAUUCUUCUUGUUAUCACUUACCAGCUACAGGCUUUGAAUUUAACAGAAUUAUUUUCUUUUUAGAGAAUAAUUGUUAGCAAUGAAAACGGAAGAGUUGCAUUGUCCAACAAAUCCGCAAUAGUAAUAAACGUAAACUGUGUCAGACUUUUGCAGGGAUAGUUUUAUAAUUUGACUGAACUUGAACA